CACGCCGUGGGCCGCUCUCGCCGUCGCGGCAUCUCUCCGCGCCUCUUUGUUUAGGUUUCGCUCCCCUCACCUCUCCUCCUCCACGCCGCCGGACUGCGCUCGGAAAUCGCAGGUUAUGCCACCCCAAAGGCUUGCUGGGUCCCCGGCCGUGAAAGAGAAGGGCUGAUCCCUGUCCUCCCCCCAGGCUCCCGCUGCUCUGCCCCCAUCUGCCCUCUCUGGCUUAUUCCCCUCUCCCAACACCACUGACCCCCCACCCGACCCCCCCCCACACAAACGGCCUCGCCUGGCAUCACCUGUAAGACUGUCCGUCCUGACACAUCGGCCUCUUUCUUUAGUUAAACCGCAGCCACACUAGCAUUUCCUCCCGCCGGGCCCCAUGGCUACAGGAGGUCAUGCCCCAGAGAUAGAUGUGUUGGACAACCUGCAACAGGAAGGUGAUGACGGAUCAGCAGAGGAACUGGAGGGAGAAGAGGAGGAGGAAAACUGGGAGAAAGCCUUGUCUGUGGAGCGCUUUGGAGACAUAAUCAGUGAUUCUGCUUCCACCACUGGAGACAGGAUGGGCCGCCACUACACCGAGAAAGACUUUGAAAAUCACAGACACACUUUUCACCAUACGCACCACCCCCUAUCCACCCACCUGCCCCUGCCCCAGCGACUACGCAAGAGGGUGCACAGCAUGGACAGAAGGCGCAAGAAGAAACGAAAGAAAAAAAAGACCUCUCUGCCCCCUUCCGACGUUACACCCACAAUCCACGAGGUAGACGAGGAAGCGGCCGAGUCUGAGACCGACGGACAGGGAGUGGCUGCCACACCCACGGAGCUACCUGACACCCAACCACAGUUUAGUUUGGGGAGCCAAGAGGACUUGGAGGAACCGCUUUCCCACGCCGCCUUCCACACGGAAAACGAAGAGCAUCCAUUGUCCAGGAAAACCUCACCCAUUCAGAUAAAGAAGGAGGCUCGUGAUGGGGGAAAUGCAGUUUUUGGACCGAAUGAGCAAGUGCAUGGAGAGGCUGGCAAUAGUGUGCCCCAAGGAUCGGAUCCCGUAAUCUCUACCGCAAACCGCACCUGGCUCCGUAGGAAGCCCGUCCAUCAUCGUCUGGUGGGCGCCCAGCGGAGCAAUUAUGACCUGCGGGAGCGGAUUUGCAUCGGCAGCAUGACUGCCCUGGAGACGGCGGUCUACCAGCAGGUGCCCACUGAUGAUGCAGAGGCCCAGAUGCUGGCCAGCGCCGACCUGGAUGACAUGAAAAGUCACAGAUUCGAAGACAACCCCGGGGUGAGACGCCACCUGGUGAAGAAGUCAUCGCGGUGUCUGGUGACCCGAUCGAACAGUUCCACACCACUAAGCAGCCUGAAAAAGAAGAAGAGAGCAGCGGAAAAGAAAACCCAUGAGCUGUUUGUGGAGCUGAAUGAGCUGAUUGUGGACAAGGACCAUGAUAUGCGUUGGAAGGAGCGGGCCCGCUGGAUCAAGUUUGAGGAGGACGUGGAGGAGGAGACGGACCGCUGGGGUAAACCCCACGUGGCCUCCCUCUCCUUCCGCAGCUUGCUGGAGCUUCGCCGCACCAUAACGCACGGUGCCGUCCUUCUGGACCUGGAGCAGAACACUCUGCCCGGCAUCGUCCAUCUUGUGGUGGAGACGAUGAUCAUUUCUGACCAGAUCCGAGCUGAGGACCGACCCGGUGUCCUCCGGGCUCUGCUUCUCAAGCACAGCUCUCAUAAGGCACUGGUCCAGUGUCCUCUGUCUGCCGGUCCCUCUGUUAAGCCAGAAUGCCACCCGAGUGAUCUGAAACAUCGUUUUCUCCGCCACCACUCGUCCAGCAGUCUUCAUGGCAGCUUCAAUCUCAACAAUGUCCAGGAAACCAGUUUGCCACUGGUGGCUGAGGAGCCGGAGGAGCACCAAGAUGGCAAAGGGGGGGUGUACGACCCAAAACAAGACGUGUUUGUCAGCCUGUUUAAAAAUCUCCACCCACUGCCCCCUGAGAGCCAUCCGGCUGCGGCCAGAUCGAUGAAACUCCUCGCCAAGAUUCCCAAAGAUGCCGAAGCUGUCAUUGUUUUAGUUGGCUCUGUGGACUUCCUGGAGCAGCCCGCCAUGGCCUUUGUCCGGCUGAACGAGGCGGUCCUUCUGGAGUCUGUGCUGGAGGUCCCCGUCCCUGUUCGCUUUAUUUUCGUCCUGCUUGGUCCAAGUCAGUCCAACUUGGACUAUCAUGAGAUUGGACGCUCCUUCUCCACGCUCAUGUCUGACAAGAACUUCCAUGAGGUGGCCUAUUUUGCAGAUGACAGACAGGACCUCCUGAACGGUAUCAAUGAAUUCUUGGACUGCAGCAUCGUCAUUCCACCCUCGGACGUGGAGGGUAAAGACCUCCUGAAGACUGUGGCUGACUUCCAGAAGCAGAUGCUGCGCAAGAGGAAGGAAAGAGAAGUCAAGAAGCAUCACUCCUCGUGUGGAAUGGAGCUCAACAACAAAGAGGUGAUUCCAGAGGAGGAGGAGGAGGGGGACCAGGAGGUGGACCCAUUAAAGCGCUCAGGGGUCCCUUUCGGAGGCCUGAUCCACGACAUCCGCCGCCGUUACCCGCUGUAUGUCAGCGACCUGAAGGAUGCCGUAGACAUGCAGUGCAUCGCUGCCGUAAUCUUCAUCUAUUUUGCUGCACUGUCGCCCACUAUUACCUUCGGAGGCCUGCUGGGGGAAAAGACACAGGGUAUGAUGGGAGUGACUGAGCUCAUCGUGUCAACGGCAACUCUUGGCGUCAUAUUCUCGCUUCUUGGUGGUCAGCCUCUCCUCAUCAUAGGCUUCUCAGGACCCUUACUGGUGUUUGAAGAAGCCUACUACAAGUUUUGUGAGGCCCAAAACAUUGAGUAUCUAACCGGUCGUGUGUGGAUCGGUUUCUGGCUCAUCUUCAUCGUGCUGCUGAUCGUGGCAGCAGAGGGCAGCUUCCUCGUUCGCUACAUCUCACCGUUUACACAGGAGAUUUUUGCUUUCCUCAUCUCCCUUAUCUUCAUCUAUGAGACUUUCUCAAAACUCUUCAAGGUCUUUAAGGAGCAUCCUCUGCUGGCAAUUUAUCCCGUUGAUUUAACUGGGACUGGGAAUCAGGAAGUUGAUGCCCCAAUCUACAACCAGCCCAACACGGCUCUUCUGUCUCUGGUUCUCAUGAUAGGCACUUUCUUUGUUGCUUUCUUCCUCAGAAAGUUCCGAAACAGUCGUUUCUUGGGUGGCAAGGCCAGAAGAAUCAUCGGUGACUUUGGAAUCCCCAUCUCAAUUUUGGUUUCAGUUUUGGUGGAUUACUCCGUGUCUGACACUUACACACAGAAACUCAAUGUGCCGUCUGGCUUCUCGGUCACCUCCCCCGAUAAGAGAGGCUGGUUGAUCAGUCCCUUUGGUGACAAGAAACCUUUCCCCACCUGGAUGAUGGGCGCAUCUGUUGUACCUGCCAUUCUUGUCUUCAUCCUGAUUUUCAUGGAAACCCAGAUCACUUCGUUAAUAGUCUCGAAGAAGGAGCGUCGUCUCGUUAAAGGCUCAGGCUUCCACCUGGACCUUCUUCUCAUCGUCAUUUUGGGUUCCAUCUGUCCUCUUUUUGGCCUGCCAUGGCUCACCGCGGCCACCGUGCGCUCCGUCACUCACGUCAACGCCCUCACCGUCAUGAGCAAAGCCACGGCGCCGGGUGAAAAGCCCGUGAUCCAGGAGGUGAAAGAACAGAGGAUGACCGGCCUUCUCGUGGCCGUCCUUGUCGGUAUGUCCAUCGUGAUGACGGACGUGCUCCGCCUCAUCCCUCUGGCUGUGCUCUUUGGCAUCUUCCUGUACAUGGGGGUCACCUCCCUGACGGGCAUCCAACUGUAUGAACGCAUGACCCUCAUGGUCACGCCCGCCAAGCACCACCCUGACCACAUAUACGUAACCAAGGUGAAGACAUGGCGGAUGAACAUGUUCACCAUAAUCCAGCUGGCAUGCAUCGUGGCUCUGUGGGUGGUGAAGUCUACGGAAGCCUCCCUGGCGUUCCCCUUUGUCCUCAUCAUGACGGUGCCGCUUCGACGCCUCAUCCUCUCCAGGAUUUUCGAGGAACGCGAGCUGCAGGCGCUGGAUUGUGACGAGGAUUCUCCCAACUUCGAUGAAGAUGGACGAGACGAGUACAACGAGAUUCACAUGCUUGUGUGAAUAUGAAAUUGGACCAGCUCUGACCAAUCAGAUCAAGCCUCUCUGGGAACCUCAGUGUCUGCGUAGUGGUGACAAAGCCAGAUGGUGUUUGUAAAAUAUACAAAAGCUACAGCUGGGUGUUUGUCUCUUACCUUGUCCUUUCUAAAAGAGCGCACAUAAUGUUAGAUCUGCGUGCUUGUGGUGGUGGAACAGUGCAAGUUUAGCAAAGAAAUGUAACUUACAUCAAAACUUUUCAUCCUGUCGAUCCCUUUAAUUACUCUGCAGGUUAUGGGAAUAAGUGCAAUGAGGAUGAAGAUGUUGGGCUAAAACAGACUGGAUCACUUCAACUUGCUUUUGUGCAGAAAGCGAGAGAAAGGCUUCAUUUGCUUUUAUUUCAUUACCAUCCAGGCUGCGGAUUUUCAUCAAAAUGCGUAAAGAUGUUCUGAAACUAAAUCUCUGAGCCGUGAAUUCCACAGCCUGUGUAGUUUAGCUGCCUCUUCCCUUUAUACUACUGCCAUUGCCUAUAGGUUGCAAUGAUGUGCAAACAAAAAGUUAAGUAGUCCUUUCCCUUUUUGUACAGACCUUCAGUAAUGAGCACUUUGAGUAAAAGUUCACUCUAGUUGUUGCCAACUGAGCUCCUCCUCUCUAAAUGUAGUCUUCCCUUGAAGCCAGAUUCUCCACAGAGACUGUGCAAGCCUCUUCAAGGGGUGUUUCUGUACAUUGUUAGGUGUUUUAUGCUCAACAUACCGGUCCACUGACCUCUUUACGGUGACCUUGGAUGUAUAAGUAAAUAGAUAAAAUGAUCUCAACCUUAUUUUUCUACUCUGUAGUAUUUAUUUUGUGACCUUUGUACUUAUUGCCAUGCCAGAUUCCCAGUGAUGUUUAGACUUCCAAUAGCUCAAAAAUGCUAUAAGAAUUAUUAUAAUAUUUUAAGUAGAGUGAGAGACACUUUCAGCCAUUAUUCUUUCGUCUUCUCAGUAAUAUUUCCACUUCGCUGUGCAUUUUUUAGGGACGUCAUGAAUAAUAUAGUAAGAGACUUGGCUGGAACGGCAUACAGACUGAGCUUUAGUGUUGGGAGGACAUAUGAGUAAUGCAUAGCACAGUAAGAUCGUGAGUCUGGAACCCCGAUGUACCGUCUGUGGUUCUUUUGAAAAACCAGGAGAUUUACUUUUCACCUCCCACACAGUGAGCCCACCAUAGAGAUCAAAUGACCAUUCAGUCCUGAGACACAAUCACAGACCUUACACUGCCGCACAGGAACACCAGCUGUAGAGAACUAAAAUAAGUCGUCAUGAGAGACUUAACAAGUCGCGGACAGAUUUGUGUGACGUUCUUAUUUAUGAAGAUGCGGAAGACAUUUAUGUGAUUUUGGCUUAAGGGCCAGGGAGUUAGACUCCACUCAGCAACUUUCCAGUCCAAAUAUUUCAUUUCAAAGCAUUCUACUUAUGGUGUAUUAGGUGUUAGACGGUAAUCACAAGGAGGCUUUUGCACACUGUCACUACUUUCUGAGUUCAAUAUUUUGUGUAUAAAUAUGUGAUUUUCUUACAGUAUGCACGCCCCUUCUAGCUUCUAACCCUGCAGCUUUCAUAUUUCUGCUUUUUCACCUCUACAUUGUAUCAGCUUCAAUAGUAAAUUCAUUUUAGGUAGAAUCAGGAAAAAGACAAUGUGUGGCAGCUGAAGAAUAGAAAACAAAAACAUGUUUUUUUUGUUUUUACCGGAUAAUUAUUAUUACUUUUGCAUGUAUACAAUCACCUACUGAAAACUCUAAAGUGCUUAAAAGUGAAGCACACUUUCAUUCAUACCUUCUAAAAGUUCAAGGUCAUCUGAGUAAUAUAGUAGUUUAGUUUUUUUUGUACGUAACCAGAUUAGUAUUUUUUGAUUUGAUUCAUUUCUUGAUUUAAAACGUCCUACAUUGUGAGCCAUACAAGAAUCUGUCUCAGGGGAAACUGACCUUCGAUCUGUAAAUAUUGCUUCCGAGCCUUUAGUUUGUUGUCUUUUGUGUGUACAUAGAGCGGUCUAGGCCAUCCGUCACUUGCGAUGUAAAAUUACAGGCUUUUUGUGUUAUACAUUGGAUAAAAUCAAGAGAAUAAUGUGUAUACUUCAGCAAUGUGGCAUGGAAUUAUGCAGAAAAUGAAUCCUGUGUUGUUCAUGUGAAGCAUACACCUGCUGUGGUCUUAAUUCUGCAGCUGCCCUAGUUAAUGAAUGACAGGAUGUGGUUUAGGACGCUUUAGGAGAGUUAUUUAAAAUACGCUUUAUGGAUCUUUCCACCACGUGUUAUAUUAAAGAGUUUACAAAGACUAGAAGAGCAAACUGAGAGCAAAAAACGUACAAUACGUUUACUCCAUUAUACUCGGCCCCACUGACGUUAUUGAAUGUAAAUGUUUGGCAUCUUUAGGCAAAUGACCGAUGUGUGUCAGAUUGAGCUUAUUCCAGUAUGCGUAGGUCCAACAACAGCUACUGAGGGAAGGAAGAAGACAUUAGCAGUUGAGCACACAGGAGAUGUUGUGUGCCAGAUACCAGCAAGGCACACUGAGGCAAAAUUACAUUUAGCAAACUUAAAAUAAUUUAAGAAAACAAUCCCCCUAUAUUCAAUCUAUGGUUUUAUCUCUACCUUAUUUUGUAUUGUUUGUCAAACAAUCAUUUUAACAGAGAUUCAUACAUUCUUUUCCAAAAGCGCUUUCCCCGUUGUUACAUUUGAAUGCACAUUACCACCAUACUCCAUUUUUCAAUAAAAAAUUGAAAAAUGUGAUACAGUUGGCAUGUCUCACUUCACACUCCCGAAAGGCAAACGGAAAAAGACGCACACAUUUAAAAGCAUUGCUUCCUCCCCAGCGCUACCAGUGGGGGAAAAAUGGUUCCUUUAAGGCCACAUUAUUUAAAUGUCUUAUAACCAAAACACCAUAUAUUUAUUUUUCUUGAUGUGUAUUUUAUUACAAUCACACAAGAUGCAAUGUUAUGACAAACUAGUAUGUACCGAUUGAAUGCAGCAGUGCAUAUUUUGUACAGGCAGAUGCAGUAUUUAUACGAGAUUGUAAAGAUAAAUGUGACUUUUUAUUGAAUGAUGAA